AUGCCUGCUCCAAUUAUGAGCGAGCUCUUUAUGUGUAUUUGCUUUAUGGCAAGCAUAUCUAAAAAUGACGCUCAUUCAGCACUUGAAUGGGCUGUUCAGGAAGGACAUAUUCGCGAAGAUGGAUUUAUAAAAACACCAAUUCCGAAAUUCGGUUACAGUUUAGCUCAACAAUUUAACACUGUAUUCAGAAAUGACUUAACGUAUAAAAAAGAAAAUGGACAUUACUGUGUAUACGAUAAAGAAAAUAAUAAAGUAUUUGAUCCGCAAAAUAGAUUCGCAGAACCAAACAGUGCUUUCCCAUCCUAUAAAUGCAGACUGUGGAAACAUCCUGCAUGGAUGAAAAAGAGGUAUUGCGCAAGAUAUGUACGUGAAGAUGAAAAAGUCGCUCCAAACGGAAAGCCAAAGCAGUACGUUUGUUACAGAUGGGCUAACAUCAAUAAUAAAGAUGUAUGCAUCCGUUACAAACCUUUUGAAGAAGCAUAA